AUGGGGGGAUCAAUCUACCUAGCUCUGACGUCAGACGCUUCGUCAGCAAUCCGAGACCUGUUAGGAACUAUUUAUCCCUUCAACGUUCAACACUCACUCAACAUGAUUCUCAAGCUUGUCCGAUGGUGCAUCUUGACGUUCGCUUUCAUUUUUGCGGUCGUGGUGCUCGGCAUAAGUGGCCACCUCAUCGCCAUCCGAACUACAGACUACUGGCGGUUUGCUGCGCUUGCAAUCGCGGUUUCUUCCCUAACGAUUCUUACGUUCCCUGUCAUUCUUGUAGUCAAUACCUUGCUAGUGCGUGACCAAAACAUCUCACAAGAACGGAUCAUAGGCGAGGCUGGUUGGUUAACUAUCAUGUGGAUUCUGUGGCUCGCAACUGCAGCCAACGCCACUCAUGCGGCUCGCGUACACUUCUUCGCUGGUGCUUGUAGUUUCUUCUCUAGCUUUUCCAAUAAGAUUUGCAACGAGUUUAGGGUUGUGGAGGCUUUCUCUUAUAUCAUCUUCAUUAUCCUGCUCUCCUACACGAUCGGGCUAAUGGUGUUUGAGUUCACGCGCGACGAUCUGGAUGGUCACACCCAUACAGGAGACGCUGAAGGCAGGGGGCAAACUACGCAGGUAACAAAAGCUCCUGCGACCUCAGGUCAGCAGCAGUGAUUUGCUGUAUCAGCUCAUGCAACCGAUUCUGCGCGUGGUCAACAGCCGUCACAAGGUGAAUCGCCGGAUCUUAGGUCUUCUAAGCCUAAUGUGUAGGGAAUUGGUUCGCAAAGUAGUUUCCACUUACGUUCUGAAAUUUAAUACUGUCCAAUUUUUGUAUGCGUAAUCAUCAUUUAAUUGCACUUGUCUAUCGCGAU